UAUUCGUUCGUGUGUGCUCAGCUGUUUUUAUUUCGACGCGUUUUAUAUUUACAGAACAAUUUUUCGUACUCUAGAUCCGUAAACAGAUACAUCACAAUUGGUUGGCUACUAGCAGGCAAUUGGUUAGUUGCUGGCUGGCAAGAUAAAGCAAAGGUAUGUAUUGUAUUGACAAUACAGUACGAAUUAUUAGUGCUAAUAGUAACCAAACAAUAACGCUUAUUAUGAGGUAAUCAAUCGGAUGCACUUUGGAUAUCUGUGUCUAACGCCCAAUCGUUGCAGAUUAGCCAUUCAUAAUAUACAAUCAUUGAGAAUCAUUAUGUCAUCAUCAACUGCAAAUUUAAAAUAUAUUUGAACUAAACGACUCUGAUAAUCUCAUAUUCACGAACAUCAACUAAGGACAAUACUUGAUCGCAUCUUCUUGUAUUUCGGUCAAAGAAAUCACGUGAAAUUACCGGUAUUUGUACAUUUCUGUAUAUAUCGAUAGUUUAUCAAGCUGAUGAGAGCAUCCAGAGAAUGCACUAAGAUAAAGUGAGAGAGAGAGAGAGAGUACUACAGCAUCACAAAAAUCAACAUCGUCAUUGAUUUGAAGCUGUGCUGAGAACAGACGCUGCCGGAAAAUAAACUGCAACUAAACAAAUCGAAUGAAUCAACUAGUUCGCUGUCUGCUGUCGCAACGAUCACAUACAGGAGAUGUACCUUUCGCGACGUCGAGUGUUAAAGAGGUGAAUGCUUUGUUCUUACUUGAAUGACGAGUUACUGAGCAUGAAAGUAACUGUUAGCUUAGUCCGAACCAUUGUGUUUACAUAGUGACGCCAAUUUCUUAUCAAUGCUGUACAGUGAACAUUGUAGUGUUUUUGAAUGCGAUAAUAAUUAUGCAAUGAGUUCGCAUGUGUAAUCCCUUAAGUAUGAAGAAGAGUUUCUAACACCGUUCGCUUAACUACAUUACUUUGCACCUGUUCUCAAUAGAAGAUUAUUGAGUUAAGAAUUUCUCACCCAAACAAAGGAACUAUUUCUUGAAGUAGGAAUAGUAGAGUGUAAACACGGAAGCAAUAAAAAAUCACCGCCAAUACUGAACGUCAAAUUUCGAAAUAGAUCAAGUGCAUUGUGUCGUAAAAAUACCAACAAUAGAAAUAGAAAAGUCGAAUCAUUAUUGAAUUCGUCUCGUGAAAGUGUAUAUGAUCAGUGGCUAAACGAUAACAGUAACAACACUACAACAUAAACACUGUUAGAUUGAAAUAAAACACUUAGUACUGCUGGUAAAUCAGCAGCAACCGCUUUCUCACGCGAUGGCACGAAUUGACAUUGAUACAAUUAUCAAUGCCGUGUUUCGGGCGACCGUUAUUCCUGGAAUAAUUUUUGCGCUGUGGUUUGCCGAUGCAAUAUGCCUGGCGACGUGCAAAAUUAGUAUCCUGGUGUUUGUGAUUAUAUUCAUAGUACUACCUCUGAUCUUCAAAUAUUCCUUUGAGCUGCAGAAAGGAAUUUUAUUUCUAACCUUCAUCACCUAUCCACCGAAUCUGGACCUGAAGCGCCCAGAGAAGAGUGGUCUGUACGCGACAAGAAAUUUUUACAUCACUUAUCGCGACCAGGAAGAAGAUCUCGAUGUGGACCUUGCAGUGUGGCAUGUGCUUCCUAACGAUCUGGUGCGGCGUUUUGGGAAGGAGCUACGAAUUGACGAGCUUAUUCUUUCCAACAUGACAACACCAGAAAUUGUAAAGGAUAAAAUUGAUCCCCUUUCCAACAAAGACAGUUCCAAAUACCGGGAAAUUGAACGUAUUCUCCGGCGAGACAAUUUGGACCUAACGGAUGAAGCUACUCAGAAGAACCUGUUCGAGGAAUCGCUGAAAGCAACCACCAACGAUAUAGUGCUGUAUCUGCAUGGGAAUACUGCUUCCCGGGGUGCCUCGCAUCGAGUUGAUUUAUAUAAACUUCUACGCAGCCUUAAUUACCAUGUGAUAACGUUGGACUACCGUGGGUACGGUGAUUCGGCUAGUAUUUCCCCAACCGAACGAGGUGUCGUAUACGAUGCCCUUGCAGUCUAUCAGUAUAUUACUAGCAUUAGUAGCAACCCUGUGUAUCUGUGGGGUCAUUCAUUGGGUACGGGCGUGGCCACUCAUUUGCUCUCGCUGUUGACUGAUAUGAGCUUACCAGGGCCGAAAGCAGUAGUUCUGGAGAGUCCGUUCAACAACAUUCGGGAAGAGAUAUGUGCUCAUCCGUUUUCGAAGCUCUAUCGCCACCUUCCGUGGUUUGAUUUCAUGAUAACCGGUCCGAUGUAUGCUAACCAGCUGAGAUUUGAAUCGGAUCAGCACAUUGCUGAGUUCAGACAACCGGUGCUAAUUUUGCAUGCAGAAGAUGAUCACGUGGUUCCAUUUAAGUUGGGUUAUAAGCUCUAUCGUAGCGCACUGGAUACUCGUGGCAAAUCCUGGGGACCGAUAGAAUUCCAUCGGUUUGAGAAAACCAGUCAUUAUGGACAUCGUUACAUUUGCAAAGCACCGAACCUGCCGGACAUUGUGAUUCGAUUUUUCCGUACCUAUAGAAAUGAAGUUUACUAGCAGCUUCAUCUGAUCAGGUUAGUGCCAAAAACAAAAAGUUAUUCGAGAUGCUAUAGAACCAAUAAAAGUAAUAGUGAUACUUUCUAUCAAUAAGAAAAGGAAAUGAUUUCACCAAAACGAAUUGAUAAUUGAUCGCUGUAAGUAUUUUCGACUGCAUGUAUUGUCAUUCAUGAAAAUACCUUUGAUAGAAAUUACCCUUUUCGGGAAGUAGUGUUAUAAUAUACUUACGGUCUAAUACAUUAUGUCAAUGUUACCAAAUCUUAGUGGUACUAUUUUAGAGUGAUUUUUGAACGGUCUUUAUGUUGAUUCCGUUUUAAUAGGAAACCCGUUCGCAAAUGUAGUAAUAAAACAUGAAUUUAAA